AUGGGGACGGGGACAGGUCUGAGCGACAUCACGGCUACUCUUCGCCCUGUCCCUCUUUCCACCCCUGAGUCAGUGAUGAGCCACAGCCUGUGUGUGGCUGCCUCUCCCCUUGUUCCCAGGAGGCCCCACCUGUCUUCUCGCCAGCCACCUCUCUCUUCCCGGCAGGACAAGCCCAGACCUGACCAUAUCCUCACGGGAGGACAGUUCUGCUCCGGCUGGGACCCCAUGCAGCAUGAAACCGGACUGGCAUCCAACCUGGAGAAAACAUCUGGAUGCGGGAAUGAGAAACAGAUGCCCAGACAGACCAAGGGCAGGGAUGCUCAGUGUGGGAGGCGAGUGACUGAGCCUGCUGCUGACUGGACACGAAGGGUGAGGAGAGGAGGAAGAACGAGAGGCAGCUGCUGA